AUGUCUUCAUCAACACCCUCGUCGCCGCUGCCCAUCGUGACCACCGCCCCGAUGACCACCGCCGGGGCCCCCACGCUGUCGGGCCCGGUCACCACCACGGGUUCCCCAACGCCGCCGACCCCAGUCACCUCCGCGCCACCGACGACCGCCGUCUUCACGCCGGAACGGGUCACCAAUACGUUGCGGGAUCUCGUUACGGCCGUCCAGGGACUCCACCUGAACCAGUACCACCAGUACCUGGCAGGGCCGUACGCACCACCUCCGGCUACGCCGAUCGCCUCCUAUGGCCACCCCGCGAUGUCGUGGCCGUCCCAGGGCGCGCCUGCAUGCGGCGGGCCACCGCUGCUGCCGUUCCAAGCGGGGCACCCCAGCGGACCACCUCCAGCCGCAGCUCCCCUAUGGCAUCUGCAACCGCCUCCAGCUGCGGCUCCCCUAUGGCAUCUGCAGCCGCCUUCCCCCGCGGCAACCGUCGCGCCCGCCCACCCUCCACUGCUGACGCUGCAACCACCGGCGCCACCUCUGCCCAGCUCGGGGGCGCCCUCGCCGGCCAGCCUGCCGAUCCAUCAGGUCCGGUUUCCGCCCACCCCGUCGCCACUACCAGCUUGGGCGGCUGGGUCUUCGCCAUCACCGGUCUACACCACGGCUCCAGAACAGCCGACCCCGUUCCCGCAGUUCGGCGGGCCAUCCGUCUCCGCGGGUCACUACCCGGAGUACUCCAACCAGGCGCCACCCGCCUCGUUGCUCCGCACCUCCGAGCCAGUUCGACACGGCGCUCCGACCCAGACACCGCCGCGGUUCGCCAAAAUCGACUUCGCCACAUAUGACGGCACAGAUGACCCCCUCAACUGGCUCAACCAGUGCGACCGGUUCUUUCGCGGGCAGCGCACCCUCGCAUCGGAGCGUACCUGGCUCACCUCUUACCACCUCCGCGGCGCGGCACAGACAUGGUAUUAUGCCCUCGAGUAG